CAAAGGUACACAUUGUUUGGUAUUUUGUCUAUUUAUAGAUUCUCUGGUGUGGGUUGAAGUUCAAGUAGGAUUUGUCUUCUUUUCAUGGCGUUUUCUCUUUAACUCUGCUUAGAUUAGACCCAUUGUGAUGAAUACCCAUGAUUGCUGAAAUCUAGCUCAAUUCUGGAUAUGUAUGAUUGUAGAAAGCCCUUGUAAUGAAAACUGCUGUGUUACUACUCUUGGUGGAAAAUAUUACUAAAAAUGGCUUCUCCAAUAGCUGGGUGUGUUGCUUUAAUGUAUUGAUUAUUUAAGUCUAUAGGGUCGUUGAAACUGCCGCACCCUGUGUGGGCUAUAUUGUGUGAGCGUUAGUGGAAGGGUAACCGAAAUGAGGCAUGUAGUGUGUCAGCAUUAGCAGAAGGGUAACCAGAAUUGUGUAUAUGGUCUAUAAACAUUAGCAGAAGGGAAACCAGCAAUAGGUUAUUCUUUGUGUAAGCAUUAGCAGAAGGGAAAUCAGAAUGGGGUAUGCAGUGUGUAAAUUUGAGUGGAAGGGAAACUAGCAUAGUGGUUGUAGUUUAUAGUUAACUAUAAACAUUAGUGAAGAGAAAAAUCAAGUAUUGGGUAUAGUGUGUACAAAAAAUGGCUUCUGAUGAUGGGGAAGAGAAAGUGAUUGCCACCGCUCAUCACAUUGUCAAGACACUCUGCACUACAGAUAGCAUGACUGAAGACAUGAUUCAUAUUUUCUCCAAGUUUGAUCAUCGUUUCUCAAACAUGGGUGAGAAUUUCUCAAGGAGAAAUGCACAGUCUUGCACCUCCGAAGGCCUGCAAGAGGUAUUGAAUUUGUUGGAGGAGAGGAUAAUGAGAUGGGACACACCCACCUCCAAAUCUGACAGAGGGCAAAUGAUGAUUUGGGGAGGUGAAGGAGGAGAAUCCUUUUUGUAUCUUGAGGCAGUAGAUCGUGUGCAGAGGAUAAUCAAAUCAUUAAGUAUGGUCCCAGAUGAUGAGAAAGAUUUUGUUUCAUUGGAUCGGGCGCAGAACAUCCUUCAGCAGGCCAUGGCUCGUUUGGAGGAAGAGUUUAGGGUGAUUUUAGAAAAGUAUAGCGAGUCAGUUGAUCCUGAUUGGCUUUUUGAUCCCAUUUCUCAGCCUUGUUUGAGUACCUCAAUCAAUGAUGAUAAUGCUUCUCACACAUCUGCUGAGGAUGAAGGAGAUGAAGAUGAUGUACCCAUUGCUCAGCCAGUAGCUGAUUUGAAUUUCACUAUUGAUAUGCUGCCUUUGGAGGUUGUUCUUGAUCUUAAUGAUAUUGCUAAGCAUAUGGUGGAUGCAGGGUACGUGGCAGAGUGCUGCCAAGUUUAUGGCAGCAUUAGAAGGGCAUUUCUUGAGGAAAGUAUUGCUAGACUGGGUUUUGAAAAGCACAUUAUAGGACAAGUAGACAAGAUGCAAUGGGAAAAUCUUGAGGUCAAUAUCUCAAGAUGGAUACAGGUUAUGAAAGUAGCCAUACAUGUUUUUUUUAGGAGUGAGUCUAAACUCUGUGAGAGAGUCUUUGCCGGUCUACCUUCUGUUUCGGAUGCUUGCUUUAUAGAGCUUUCCAGAGGAACGCUUCUUGAGCUUCUGAACUUUGCAGAAGCUGUUGCAGUCAGUCGCAGGUCUCCCGAAAAACUUUUUAAAUUGUUGGACAUGUAUGAAACUUUGCGUGACCUUCUUUCUGAAAUAAUUGCUGUAUUUUCUGGUGAAGCUUGUUCUGAGAUAAGAUCAGAAGCAUCUGCAGUUUGGUUACAAUUAUCAGAAGCGGCAUGGGGAAUGUUUGUGGAAUUUGAGAAUGCAAUCCAACGAGAUUCGGCAAAAAUUCCUGUACCUGGAGGUGCCUUGCAUCCUCUUACACGUUAUGUAAUGAAUUACAUGAGGUUUACAUGUGAUUAUAAAGAGACUCUUGAGCAGAUUAUGGGAGAUGGCAGGGUUGAAGAUCCUAGAAUGCCUGAUCGUUCUUCCAGUCUUUCCCCUGAUGAUUGCAAGAACAGUGGGGAUGAGUUGUCACCGUGGUCCAUCCAAAUCAUUUGGAUUAUUGAACUUCUAGAUGACAAUCUAGAUGCAAAGUCUAAAUUGUACAAGGAUCCUUCUCUUAGUUACUUGUUUUUGAUGAACAAUGGCCGAUACAUUGUGCAAAAAGUCAAGGAUUCAGAAAUCGGUUGUUUAGUUGGUGAUGACUGGGUGCGGAAGCAUGCAACCAAAGUUCGACAAUAUCACAAAAAUUACCAAAGGACUGCCUGGGGUAAAGUCCUUUCUUGUUUAAAAGACGAGGGGAUAUAUGUCAGCGGAAAUUUAUCUAGCACUAGCAGUGUUUCCAAGGCAGUGCUGAAAGAAAGGUUCAAAAAUUUCAACGACUUGUUUGAACAAAUUCAUAAAGUACAGUCUUCUUGGACUGUUGCAGAUGAUCAACUUCAAACUGAGUUACGUAUUUCCAUUGCUGAGAUGGUAAUUCCAGCUUAUCGCUCUUUUUUAGGUAGAUUCCGACAGUUCUUGGAAAAUGGCAAACAUUCAGAGAAGUAUAUAAAGUACACUCCAGAAGAUUUGGAGAUCUAUAUUAAUGAAUUAUUUGACGGGAUUUCUGGUUCCAUGGGUAGAAGCAAAGCUUUGGCAAAUAACUGAUGUGUGCCUGGCUUUGUUCAGUUAUAUGGUUAACAGUUAGUUAAGUUGUUUGGACCAUUCAAAAUAUUUGUGACAGUUUUCUAUUUCUACUUAGAUUGUUGGAUACAGGACACACCUUUAAGAUUAUACAUUGCUGUCCAUAUGCAAAUCUUUGCAAUCAAAAUCAACAAAGAGUUCUACGCUUCACUUAAUCUUCAUCACCCUUUUUUUGCAAUGAUGAGUGUACUAAGUGAUCAAGCAAAGAUGCUUCUCUCUGUAAAAUAUUUCCACUGUUAAAUCAUACUGUACUUCAGGUUCCAUUGUCAAGCUAUUAAAUUUAGGAGACAGAUAGAAUAAUUGGAUUUAAGGUCUUAGACUAAACAUGCAAAUUGAUGUUACUGAUGAUGUAAUGGGUUUUGAAUGACAAGAGAUAUUUAUUUUCUCAAUUUAUAUAA